GUAAAGCUACUUCGACAAGACAAAUUGACCAACGACUACUCUUGAUUCUUGUGAUAAAUGUUGCAGGAAUUAAUAUUACUAACGAGGGAGAAAUUAGUUUUCCUUCGGAAAACGCAUAUAUAAAACAAAG